UUGUGGUGUCACUCUGACGGCUAAGACCGCUCACGGUCCAUCUUGCCACUACCGGAUUGUUUCUUCAAUUAUCUGGGUGGAAAAGUGUUUUAUUUGAAUAAUUUGUAAAAUACCGUUUUAAAAACCAGAAGAAUGUCGUCAUCUGCCGCCGAGCAAUCCGAGGCGGAAAGCGUCGUCGUCGAAGAGCUCGACGAAAUGCAGCUGGACCCGCAAGAGCUUUCCCAGUUCGUGGAAGCCAGUGCCAUUCCGCUGCCGGGAGAACCUGGCACCUCGAUUAUAGUUCAGCCCCGGCGUCGAGUUCGCCGUUCCACCGUGGCCUCCACAUCAUCGGCCCCCUCGGAGUCGGAAACGGACGACGAGAAUCCCCAGCAGAACGAAAUCUGGAUCAAGAAGUUCGUGGCGGGGGAGAUCAGCUACUCGGAGUACCAAUCGCGGAUGCAACCGGGCGGGGAAAUGGACCUAGAGGAAGAGGAACUGGCCGAGCGACGGAAAUCGGCCAAGAAGUCUACGAAGUUUGAAAAGGAUUUGCGGGUGCAGCGGAAGGAUGCGUUGAGGGGGAAUCUGCAGGGCCCGACUCAGGUCAAGGUGGAAGGAAAGACUUCCAUGAAGCGACACCGGAGAUUCCUGCCUCCGGCAUUGCAAGGCCUGAUGGGACAGGCCAAUCUUUGCUACGCACGGGGAGACACCGAGAUGGCCAAGAAGUUGUGUCUGGAGAUCGUGCGUCAAAUGCCGUUGGCGCAUGAGCCGUUUGUGACGCUGGCCCAGAUCUACGAGACGGAAGAUCCGGAGAAGUUCCUGCAGUUUUCGUUGAUCGCGGCGCAUUUGAAUCCCUCGGACGUGGAACAGUGGGUUCGGAUUGCGGAAAUCUCCGAGGAGCGAGGCAAUUUGAGUCAGGCCUUGAUGUGCUACGCCCGGGCCAUCAAGACCGAUCCGAAGAACUUCGAUUUGCGGAUGAAGCGCGUGCAACUGCUGGAGAAGAAGGGCGAGGAGAAGCAGGCCUUCAAAUGCUACUUCGCCAUGCUGCCGUACAUCCCGAAGGAGCGGGGAGAAUUUUUGGUACAGACGGCCAAACGGUUGGCGAAGAAGUUCCACGAGGAAAGCAAUUUGGCUGCAGCCAUGGACGCGAUGGAUCGCGCUUACGGAACGGUCCCGGAGCUGUUCAGCGUAGAAGACAUCAAUCUCUUUUUGGAACUCCUCAUUGCAACCGGAUACUACCGGAAAGCCCUGGACGUUCUGAUGGCGCACACCAACGUAGAAGUCCACGAGAUGGUCAACGAAGAGGACGAAAACGACCCGAACGCCCAAAGGGGAAUCUACACGGUGGUCAUUCCCAACGACAUGGUCCUGGACUUUCGCACCAAGCUGGCAGUGGUGCUGGUGCACCUCAAAUGUGAACACCUGUUCGAUAUGAUUGUUUCAAACAUACUGACCAACAUCAACGUGGAGGAAGCCGGUGAUUGCUAUCUGGACGUGGCGGAAUCGUUGAUGAAAGAACUUCACUACCAUUACGCACUGAAGUUGCUGGUGCCGUUGAUCAGCAGCGAAAACUUUUCGCUGGCUGCGGUGUGGUUGCGCUAUGCCGACUGCUUGCGGGCCAUCGGAGACUACAACGAGGCGAUCGUGGCGUACAAAAAGGUUGUUUCUUUGGCCCAACAUUUGGAUGCCCGUUUGACCCUAUCGGCGCUCCUGAAACAGCAAGGCAAAUAUGACGAAGCACUUGAAGCCCUCGAACAGGAUCCGGAAAAGGACAUCAUGGACGCCGAGUUGCUCUACGAACGGUGUCUAAUGCUGAAGGAAGUGGGUCGAUACGAUGAGUUCCUGUCGUCCGGGUUUAUGCUGCUGAUGCGCCACUGCGUUCCGCUGCGAAGCCGACUGGAACUGGGUGCGGCCAUUUCGGUGCCUCGGUACUUUGAAAUGUUGAAGACCAUUGCUGAUAUAAAGCACUCUCGGCAGGACAAGACAGAGGAACACGCUCCGGAGUUUUCUCGCUCGGAAAACGAACCGUCGGUGGAGAUGGAGUGGGAACUGGUAAUGAUACUCCUGCAAGUAGCGGAUUACACGAAGAACUAUGCCUACUUCCAGAAGCUCGUGUUCACUCUGUGCACCGCCAAGCGCUUUCAAGUGUUCAAACAGGAACUUCAAAUGCUGGCCCUUCUCGGUUGUCUGUACAACCGCGAUCCGAUGUACGCUUACAACCUGAUUCGAGAACGGGUCAACAAGGAAGCGAACCUAAACAAGCCCCGUCUGUGGAAUUUGUUCAACCUGGUCAUUCUUGUAACGGGGGACAUCCGCUAUAACCGUUACCUGAUGCGAUUAUUCGAGCGAACCGCCGUUGAUCCGAAUGUCCGCGUCCUGCAGGCAAACUAUCACCUCAACGCGGGAACCUACAAGUAUGCCCUGAAUGACUACAGCAAGGUGUACAGGAAAACCGGCGAUCCGAUCCAUGCGAUGCUGAUCGGUGUAACGUUGACGCAGAUUGCGUGCCAGAAGUUCUCCAACAAGAAGCAAGCGUUGGCCUCGCAGGCCAUCGGGUUCAUGGAGAAGUAUCGCAAGGGAAGGCCGGCCGAGCUGGCCAACGAGAUCCAUUACAACAUCGGCCGGAUGUACCAUCAGCUGGGAAUGCACAGCUUGGCGGUGGAUCACUACAAGCGGGCGCUGGAGUUCACCAAUCAACUGAUCGAGGAGAAUGCGAGUUAUUUGGACCUUCGGGCGGAGAUUGCAUUCAAUCUGAGCAGCAUCUACCGAAGUAAUAAUAAUUUGGAAUUGGCGCGGAAAUAUCUGUAUGAGUACAUAGAGAUCUAAAACUUAAUGGUAAGAUGAACUUGACUGAUUAUAUUACAUAACUUAUCAUUGAACAUAAUAAACAAAAUGUGUAUCUACUAACGGUUUCCUUUCA